GUCUUUUCAGUGAUACCCUCCUAGACGAAGAUGAUUGCCAAGAUCCUUACCAUUCUUGGAGUAGCAUCCGCUGCUCAUUGCGCCCUUGUACCACUGGUACCUGCAGCUGCACCAGCUGCAGCUGUUUAUGCAGCCAAACUCCAGGAGAUCCAGGAACUCGAUACGGUGCCACAGUACAGUUUUGCGUAUGACGUGCAGGAUGCAAUCACUGGGGACUCUAAGGCCCAAUAUGAGACCCGCAAUGGGGAUGUUGUCCUGGGCAGUUAUUCCCUGAUCGAAGCUGAUGGGACCAGACGUAUCGUUGACUACACGGCAGAUCCUAUAAAUGGAUUUAAUGCGGUAGUCAGUAGGGAACCAGCAUUGGCUUACGUUAGUCCAGUCGCACCUAUUGCUCCUGUUGCUCCUGUUGCUCCAGGAGUCACUAUCGGUGAACCAGCUGUACCAAGUAUCCCAUCCAGUGGACCAGAUUCUGACGUGGAAGUCGUGGAAGCGAGGUCAGGACCUCUUGUCUCAGCUGUUCAGCCAGAAGCUAAUGAGAGAUCUGGUAGCCGCCAGGAGGAAUCCAACAUGGCUGCCAGGACGCAACAGGCUGGACAAAAUAGGCAGAGUGUUCCCGUGAGGGCACGAGCUAAUCCUGUUGUCCAGGGUGUCACGCCUGGUGGUUUUCAGAGAGUCGUUGGAUAUCCUGCAGUGCAAAGAUACUCUGGACCACUUGGUGCUUAUGCAGCAUCUUACUCCUCCCCAUUUGCAUACGGAGCACCACCAGCUGGUUUUGCUGCUCAACUUGUUCCAGUGGCACAAUAGAUGCGUGAUGCUAUUGAAGCAGUACUGAUUGACCUUUUAAUAAAUAUAUUAAUGACAGAAAA